UGCUGCUGCAGCUCUACGGUGCACCGCUGCGCUCAAACCUCCUGCAACAAAAGCACAACACGCGCUCAUCUGCGCUGUCAGUGUGCGCUCGGAUCACAGCACAACUUAACCCUCUCCACGACGACACCAAUAAACCCUGACUGGAAUCAGACAGACACCGAAACACAUCCGAGUCUUACAGACAGAGCGUUUAUCUGUGUUUGGAUGAAUCGCGGUAUCGUUUUUUAAUCUCGAGUCCAGCGCGCGGAGCAGGAAUGUCCCGGAGGAAACAGAGCAACCCAAAGCAGUUCAAACGAGUGUUUGAAAAUGGGCUUGAGGCGGACUCUGAGGAGACGCUGUGUGAGAAGAAAGAGAUUUUAAAAGAAGAAGACCAGUCUGUGGAGGACGACCCAAUUUACUUCUCUGACCCAGAGAACGGCAUCUCUAAAGAUGGAGAUCACUCGAGGAACGGUGAAAUGGGUGGAAGUGUUAAGGUGGAGCAACAAGACAGUGACGGACAAGAAGAGAGAGUCCAGUCCAGCCCAGUGACAGCAGAAGAAUGGGACGGCCCAAGGGAGUUGAAAAUUGUCUGUGAAGGAGAAGAGAGAAAAAUUUGUUCUUGUCAGGCCCUUUUACUGGGCACCACGUGGGGACCUUUUCCUGGCAAGAUCGAGGCAACCACUGGAGGAAGUGACAAGGUUUCGCUGGUGUUGAAUGGAGGUCCUCGCUGGCUGAUGGACAUCAUGUGGGUCAGCGCUGAAGAUGGAAAGAGCAACUGUGCUGUUUACAGUAAAGGAGGACAUGUGUGGUGUUCCACAACCAAAAACAUCAUGGAAGGAGAUGAGCUCGCAGCCUGUGUGGUGGAUUUGCACUCUCAUCUUCAAACCCCAGGCCCAAAUCCCUAUGGUCAAGGGAUGUACCCGUCCCGACAGCUGGAUGCCAUCCAACUCCUUCCUCAGCAAGCGGCCAUGGCAUCCAUACUGCCCGGCGCUAUCAUCAACAGUCUCAAGUCUGAUGAGGUGUCCACUGGAAGUAACUUGAAAUGCACCAUUUGCGACUACUCUGCUGAAACUCUCAUGGUGCUCCAGCACCACAUCCUCUCCCAUCUGUCCCAAACCGGCCUGAGAUGCGGUCAAUGCCACUUCUCAUUCCAAACCCCCAGAGAAAUGGCCAAACACCAGGAGCUACAUGGACAUAAUUGUACGGUCACCAAUAAACCCAUUAAAGAAGACAAAACUGAUAACGCUCCUAACAGCAUCACAAGUAACUCUCAACAGGUCAGAGCUAAGACGAACAUCAAUGACCUCCAGGAAAGCACAGCACAAUGUGAUGUUACUCAAAUUUCAGAUCUGCAAAACACGGACAGUAGCCAGAAAUCCAAUAAAGGCGAGGCAAACUCAGGAAACAAGGCCAACCUUUCAUAUUCCAGAGUCAAGUCAGAACCUUCUAGUCCUCGUUUAGCCUCUUCACCCAUUCAGCACCACCUUCCUCCUGCAUUUCCCUUACCCCCUUUUAUACCGCAUGUUCCGUUCUCACAGGAUAUUACUAUGGGGCCGCAGGCAUCUGAGAUACUGGCCAAAAUGUCUGAGUUAGUCCAUCGCAGGUUGCGUCAUGGUGGAAACUCUUACCCUCCGGUCAUGUACAGUGCACUUGUACCAAAAGGAGCAACAUGCUUCGAAUGCAAUAUCACCUUCAAUAACCUUGAUAAUUAUUUGGUGCACAAGAAGCACUACUGCAACAGUCGUUGGGAAAACACGCACAAAUCACAUGACUUCUCUGGACUUCUGGAUAAACCAGCAGGCACUGUAAGCCCUAAAAUUGGAGCCAGUUUGGCUGUUAUGCUAAAUGCCGGCCAUCCCUCUGAAGUGAAAGGCCAAGAGCCUAAACCUUGCAAUCCCAUUGCAGGUGGAAAAGUAACAGAUGAACUGACCGUUCAAGUUAAAAAAGCAUCCACUCCAUCUGGUGCACAGGAGAGACCAAAUGGUACACAGCUGGAUUUACAAAGCCAGAAAAUGCCACCCACUGAAACUGACCCCAGCCACACAACAUGCGAGGCCUGCAAGAUCACCUUUAGUCGACAUGAGACCUACAUGGUGCACAAGCAGUAUUACUGUGCCACUCGCCAUGACCCUCAAAUCAAACGGGCAAACAAUAAAGGACCGGCUAAUCAAAAGGCAGUACGUCCACGUAAAAGAAGAAAGGCAUACGAGUUGGCCAAUUCUGAGCAAGAACAAAUGCCACCAAUGGGUAUGCCAUCAUUUCUUGGAAUGCCCACUUUAGGAGGACCAUACAUGUCUAAGGACACACUGGAUAGCUUCAGAGAUCAUCAGAGAUACAACAUGAUUCAGGGGUUAGUGCCCAAAUACCCAGAGGCUUCACUGACAGUUACGAAAUCCGCUCUUGUGUCAAAGUGUAAUAUAAUCUCAAAGGAAGAAACUGAUGCACCCAUAGAUCUCAGUAAAAAAUGUGUGCCACAGUUUGGUAACACUCCUGUUUCCCCUAAAGGACUAAUGGAUUAUCAUGAGUGUGUUGUGUGCAAGAUAAGUUUCAACAAAGUUGAGGACUAUCUGAAGCACAAGCAGAACUUCUGCCCGGGUACUAUUUUGCAAAGUGCUUCCACUGAGAACAAAAGCAUCAAAAAGGAAGUUCCCAGAAAUACCAACAACCUCUUAGAGAACCCCCUCUUUGAAUUUCCAGCUCCACAGAUAAAGACUGAGCAUCCAAAUGCAGUGCCAACUUCUGAUACCCAAGCUUCAAGUGAGGAACAAUUAAUCCCAACAAAAGAUGACCUGAGGAACAUGUUUCAAACCUCUUCAACCUACCCAAGUCCUGCUAAGAAAAUGAGACCUGAUGAGCAAAUUUGGCCUUACUAUGAAAUCAAACCCACCGAUUAUGCUACAGGGAUGCUGGUCUCACAAAGUGAAAGGAGACAGAGUCCAAACGAGGGCAGUGAGGGAGAAAAAGAUCAGCCAAUGCCUGACGGUAGCCAUCUUAGCACAGAUGACCCUGAGAACCAGAGCCAGUCCUCAUCUCUAAAGGACAAUGUUGAGAUUGAGGAAAAGAUGGAAGAUGCUGAAAAUAAACAUGAAUCCCCCACACCAGAGAGCCGUUUAGAUGAUCCCAUCAACAGUAAGGAUGUCACCACACAGAUGCCAUCUAUAAAAACUGAGGAAGUCUCGACUAGCUUGAAGAAAGCGUUGACUGGGUCCAUUGCCAACUCAAGUAAUGUAAAGUACUGUCGCCCGUGUGACAUCCAGUUCAACAAUCUCUCAAAUUUUAUAACGCACAAGAAGUUUUACUGCUCAUCUCAAACAGCAGAGCAUGUCAAAUAGUGGACAACUAGUCCACAGUUGUAGAAAAUGUAGUGUUGGACUCAAUCCACGUACAUACUGUCAGCAGUGUAAAGAUACAUUUAGGGCCUCUUGUCACAGGACCCGAGAAAACAUUGCCCGUUGUCCACCCUUGACAACUGCACUGCUCGAAUCAGACAUAAUUUAUUGCAAUGGACACUUUCUCUAAACAAUACCAUCUGCCCUCUCGUCUUUCACAAGCCUUGAACCUGUCAUUAAUUUUCACAAGCACGUUUCUGCCCCCUUGUGGUCAUCAUAAGACGUUUUUACGAUUCCAUGCUGGUGUACUCAGCAGCAGGAGGACAAUCAAAGCAGGAUUAAUCCUACCAGUCAUUUAUUAGAAACUUUGAAACUAUUUGUUGAAAAUACUGUGUGCUGUUUCUUGUUUUUUUAUGUAUUUAUUUAUUUAAUAAUAGUUGCAGCUCCAAAAAAGAUCUGAAGUGAAAGACAAGCUAGUGAACGUUUCAAGAUUGUGAAAGCAAGCCACAUUGUAGAAACUGAUUAAAAAGAAAAGUCUACAGAUGGUGGGACUACCACUGGCUGAUUAUUGUUUAUCCUUUGACUGGUAUCCUUAAGACUGGCAAUCAUGUUUUCUGAAUUAAUAAUUGUCGAUACAUGUAGAGUCUAGUUUGUCCUUGAUGUUUCUUUAUGCUUCAAACCUUUUUUUCUUGUCAAUGCAGAACUCUUCUUAAAAAGGUGACCUGUAUGUGUGUUUGUUGAUUCCUUAUCUCUUUUUUAAAUAUCUGGCUUCUAAUGCAAUACUUUUUAAAAGAUAAAUCAUUAUUUAAAGCAGUAUUACGAAAGGGUAACUUUUUUACUUGGACCCCAGAAAUUCUGUGUGAAGUGUUUACGGAGGUCGUACAGAGAAGGGUUUACACUUGAUAUGAAUAACUCACUGUAAACUUUCCUACAGAAAAAUAAUCUUGUCAGAAAAAAAGGGAAAAAAAAAGUUGUCAAUAAUGUGUUGCUAUGCAUGUACCUGUAUGGAAUGAAAUUCCAGAAAUGUGGGAAAUGUUAUUUUAUGUGGCAUAAAAAUUAAAAUUCUUAUCUCAGGA